AUGUCGAAAUCUUCAUCACCAUCAUCUGAACCUUUUACUUCAUCAGAUUCCCCAUGUGUGUUACAUGAAAUUGUAUCAAAUAGAUUCAAUCGUACUACACAUGGUAAUAUUUAUGAAAAAGAUUAUAAAGAUAUAUUUGCAAUUUUGAUUAUCAAUUUAAAUUUAAAUUAUAAUAAUGAUUCAUCAAAUACUUCACCGGAAUCUACUAGUAGGUUAAAAUUUAAUAAGUCAAAUAAAUAUCCAUAUUCAUUUCAUUUAUAUUCUGCUAUUAAUUGUAUGAAAGAUUUAAAUUUAACUAUUGAAUUAGUUAAAACAGUAACUUGUAUUUCGUAUAAUUUUAAACCUGAAAUUUCAUUAUCAUUAAUUAAUCAAUUUUAUAAUUCAAAAUUUUUGCAUUCACCAGCUGAUAGAACAAGAGAUGAACCAAAAUCAAAUGUAUUAUUGCAACCUACUCCAAAAGGAAUUGCCAUAGUUCAAUUAUUUUGUGAAAGAUAUGGUUUACAAUUUACAAAUUUACCUGAAAUAGUUUUACAAAAAAGUUUCAAUUCAAUGGAUUUAUUCACAUUUGAAAAAGAUCCAUUUACUGAUAAGAUUUUAUAUUCUGAAUAUUUUUUACAUUUAUUGUUUAGUAAAUUAAUGGGACCAAAACCAAAUGUCUGGAAUUCUUCAAAUAAACCAGAUCAAUUAACUAAAGUAUAUAAUUUUCAAAAAUUAAACAAUUUAGAAGAUCAAUUAAUCAAUGAUACUUUUUCACUUACAUCUACUAAUAAAACUAUAGUUCAAAAUAACAAUAGUCUUAGUUUUAAUUUUUCAGAAUAUAGAAAUUCAACUGAUUUAAGUAAUCCCCCAGAUAUUUCAAAAUUAAGUUUAGUGAAUAAAAAUGAAAGUGAUAUUAGUCCUUAUCAUCAUAGAUAUUUUACAAAUCCAGAAUCUGAUUCUCAUAUUCAAUAUUAUACUUCAUCAGUUGGUGUUAGAUUGUUGAAAAAUAAAACAUUUCAAGUUGAAGAUGAUAAAUUUAGAACAGUUGAUUAUUGUAUGAGUGGUAAAGCAAUAUGUCAAUGGUUAUUAGAUUGUACUGAUAUAAUUAAUGCAAAAAGAACAACUGAAAUAUGUGAAGUUUUACUUAAAAUGAACUUAUUCAAAUCAAUAAAUAAAUCAAAUACAGCAUUUAAAAAAGAUCAAUAUUAUGAAUUAACUAAAGUUGGUUUGAAGAUUUGUUCAUGGGGUAAAAGUUCAGAAACGACCAAAACUAAAUUUCUUUCGCCCGAUUCUAAUUAUCAAAUUUCAAAAUUAACCUUGAAUGAAAUUGUUCAUGAUCCAGGUCUAAGAUUUCAAUUUAAAAGGUAUCUUGAGGAAAAUUUCUGUUCUGAGAAUUUAGAUGCUUAUAUUAGUUUGACUCAAUUUGAAAAGAAAUUUGAACUUUGGGAAUCAUUAUUUAAACAACAACAACAACAAGAUGAAAAAGUAAUUGAUGAGCAGAAGUUGAUAACUUUACAAAAUAUAUGCAUGUCAAAUGCAUAUCAGAUAUUCAAUACUUUUUUGAAUAAUGAAUCUCCAUUUAUGGUUAAUAUUGAUCAUAAAUUAAGAAUUAAAAUUAUUAAAAUAAUGACAAAUCAUAAAAAUUUUGAGCCUUCACAAGAUUUGGAAAUUGAUAAUUCAAUAUUUUUGAGAACGCCAACUGAUGAUAUCAUAGUUGAAGAAGAAGAAAACAUUAUUGAGAAUAAACUUGACUAUAAACUGAAUCAUGUAUUAAAAGAAGUUGCUGAGAUUUUCCUUCAAAUAUGUAAUCAUUUAUAUCGUUUGAUGGAUGCUGAUUCUGUACCAAAAUUCUUGAGUAAAUUUCGUUAA